GAAUGUUUGUCUUAGUUUGCUGCACGGUAUACAGGUGUUGCCAUAUUCUGAAGAGCAAGAAAGGGGACACAUUUGCCAACUUCUGCUUUUAACUAUGGAUCGCUGUGAGGACUCUACCCAUGAAAAAGAUGGUGUGCCCUGGAAAAAAGAGGACAUAUGGCAACCCUUUUCCAGCCCAAGGCAGGAAUCGCAACUAAAGAAUCCCUAAUAGAUGCCCACCUAACCUCCAAUGAAGGAGAGUCCACCACCUUCUGGGGUGGUCUGUUCCACUGUCAAACAGCUCUUACCACCAGAAAGUUCUUCCUAAGGUUUAGUCAGAAUCUCCUUUCUGGCAGUUUGAACCCAUUGGUUUGGAUCAUACCCUCAGGAGCAGCAGAGAACAAGUUCGCUCCACCUUCCACGUGACAGCCUUUUGGCAAUUUGAAGAUGGCCAUUGUAUCACCUCUUGGGCUACUUUUCUCCUGGUUAAACAUACCCAACUCCCUCAACUGUUCUUCAUCAGGCUUGGUUCCCAGACCCCUUGAUCAUCUUGGUUGCCCUCCUCUGUACAUGUUCCAGCUUGUCAAUAUCCUUCUUAAACUGUGGUGCCCAGAAUUGGACACAGGACUCCAGGUGAGGUCUGACCAAGGCAGAAUAGAGUAGAAAAAUGGAUGUGCCCUUUGCUUUAUGUAGGCUACAUUCCAGACACACAAAAGUCCUACACACACCUCCAUCCUGGCAAGCAAAAAGCAUUAUCAGAGUUCAAGGACAGUUUCCAGCCAGGAAAAAUAAAGCACUCAGGGAGUGUGUGGAGUAGGGCCAUGUGAGGACUUGGGUUUGGACAGUGUCCUAGAGGGCAGUUUUGAGUUUCCACACUGCUGAUUUAAAAAAAUACAAGUAGAAAUACUUGAAAUAUUAGCUUGGAGUUUAUUUUAUAUGUAUUUAUGUAUGUACCCAACUCACUUUGCUCUGCCCUGCUAUGGAGGUUGUGUGACGACAUUAUUAUAUUUUUAUUAUACAGACUUGUCUAGGUGGAUUACCAAAGGCUCCAAAACAUCUCUGACAUUUUCUUUUGGAGAGACUGGAGUGUCAUAUGUUUGUCUGGCUCAACUCUCGGCUGGGAACUUUACAGGGAAUGACACCGCACAAAGGGUGUUGUGUAAUAGGUUGAUUGCUGCAUAGUACCUCUAAGGUUUAGAGUAAGGAUCAGCAACCAUUUGAUGUCCAUGGGCGCAUUUGCAAAUAAGAGAAACUGCAGUGCAUACCACAUGUGCAUACCUCAUAAGUUAUUCUAUGAGCUGAAGCAGAAUGCUUCUUUAAAGUGAAAUUUAAGGAGAGGGAAGGACUCUCUGGGUACCAGAGGCAACCUCUGAAGGUGCAUCAGUGGGGCAGCAUGUAGUAGUAUUACUACUACUAAUAAAAGUGGUACCUCGGGUUAAGUACUUAAUUCGUUCCGGAGGUCCGUUCUUAACCUGAAACUGUUCUUAACCUGAAGCACCACUUUAGCUAAUGGGGCCACCCACUGCCGCCACACAAUUUCUGUUCUCAUCCUGAAGCAAAGUUCUUAACCCGAGGUACUAUUUCUGGGUUAGCAGAGUCUGUAACCUGAAGCGUCUGUAACCUGAGGUACCACUGCACUGCUACUUCAGUAUCCACUGGGUGGAACCUUCCUCCCUAAUACUCCUUUUCUGCCUGCAAGGACUUCUCUUUUUCCUUUUGCAUGCAGACAGUCAGGCAAAAUCCCAUAGGUACAUAAGAAGUGCCUUCUGGAUCAAGCCAAUGGUCCCUCUAGUCCAGCAUCUUGUUCUUACAGUGGCUGACCGGAUGCUCGUGAGAAGCCCACAGGCAGGAUCUGAGCACACAAGCCAUUUUCCCCUCGUGUAGUUUCCAACAACUGGCAUUCAGAAGCCUCAAUGCCUCCAGCUACGGAGGCGGAGGAUAGCCAUCAAUCCUCUUUCCCUGCCAUCCAGGUUGUUGGCCAUUGCUGCUUCCUGCAGGAGCGAGUUCCAUAGUUUAACUAGGCAUAGUGCAAAGAAAUCCUUUCUUUCCUUUCCUCGGCGUGGAGGCGUCUGGAACAGGAGCAGGAGGCGCCAGCUUGGGCAACUGGGCCAUUGUCACCCUGGAACAAAAAGGAAAUUUCCAACCCGGACUUUGAAACAUAUGCUGCACACAACCCGGACUUUGAAACUUACGUUGCACCCCACCCCGUCCCUCAAUAGCCCAGUCUCAGCACUCAGUUUAGGAAACACGUGCUCGUGUGUGUUAUCAGCAGUGUAUGUAUGUUAAGGGAGGAGGAGAAAAGAAGAGGGAGCUUCGGCUGGCUGUUGCCGCUGCCUCUCAGUUACAAAGUACUUGAAUUACAGCCUGCGCAGGCCCAACGUGGCAUCCAGCAAGUCCCGGCUUGCAGGCUUGGAAAGGAGGAGGAUGCAGGCGAGAGCCUGGCUCGCGCUUUAAAGUUGCGUGCCUGUUUGUGCUUGUGUGUGUGCGUGUAUGCGAGGCGCUGCUUGGGGGAGGGGAGCGAGCCCAGCUAGCCACUAGCAAGGAGAUCUUCUCUGUCUCCCUCUCCCCCCACCCCAACCUCCAACAAUACUUUAACUGUCAAUCAGGCUUAAUAGGGUAUAAAACCUGCUCCCAGGGCAAGGGAGCCGCGCCGGGAAGAUAAGAAAGUGUCCCAGGAGGAGCAGCCAGAGGUCGCCGAGAGGGAGGCGGGCAGGCAGGCAGGCAGCGCGAGUCGGACUCCUUCCCUGCCUCGGAUCGGCGGCUCCGGAGCAAACAAGAAGCGGCCAAGGCUCUCCGCCACUUCUUUUCGCGUCUGCGUAAGAAAAAGCAGAGGAGGAGGCGGAGGCGGGCAAAGGCGGCGGGGAGUUUUCUUUACGCGGCGUAUGUAUAGAAGGGGGAGGGACCCCGGCGCGCUGCCCUGAACCUCCCCCCCCCCCGGUCACUGUUUUGUUUUUUUAAAGCCAACUCCUUCCAAAAGUCUCUUUUUUUCCAACCCCUUCCCCGAGAAGCAAUUUCCUGAACUCCCCAGAAUAGACAUGAGCUGUCUGGAAAAGCGCUGCCGGCUCCCCAUGCAGACGCCGCCGCCUCGGAGAGCUUCUGGGGGGCUUUCCAGCCCUGCUUAGACGGCAGAACGCUCUCCAAAGGAAACAAGGAGUUUUCUUUCGCGAAAGCGGAGAAACAGGCUCGAUCCUCUCCGGGAUCCCGAUCGCCCAGCAACUCUGGAAAGUUCUCCCGAGCUGUUUGUUUUGAGAUCUCCCGCUCCUCAGCGCGGCUGCUCUUGCUUAGCACUUUGGGAGAGCCCCAGCGCAAGAUCUGUAUAUCUAUAUUUAUACAUCUAUAUGUGUACUCGGAAGUAAGCUCCGUUUUUAAGCGGGCUGGCGCCCGGGUAAAGCGUACCUAGGACGGCGGCUUUCCAUUGGAUUCUCUACCCACCUGCGAGGAAGUCCGACCGAGGAAGCCAGAAACUCGUGCAACGCCAGAGCGGACUUUUGCGCGCAAGCUCGCGCAACCCAUCUUGUCUCUCUCCCCCCCCUUUUUUUUUUGUUUUGUUUUUUUGUUUGGCGGGGUGGAGGUACGUUUGCCUAGGAUCCGACACACACUUUUGGACGCCGUGCUCCCCCUUCCCCACCCCUCCUCCUCGACGGACUCCUCAAAAUUCCCUCCCUCUUCGUGCGUAACCCCCCCAACCCAAAGAGGAUGGUUUGGAGACGCCUGGGCGCUCUGCUGCUCUUCCCGGUGCGGAUGCUUUGCUUGGUAGCCAAGGCGGCGGCGUCCACGGUGCUCCCCAGCAAACUCCGCGACUUGGCCGGGGACAGCGUGCUCAUCACCGGAGGAGGGCGAGGCAUCGGGCGCUACUUGGCCAAGGAGUUCGCCAGACGCGGCGCCCGCAAGGUGAGAGGCUGGGAAUAAUGGGUGGCAAUGAUUUGAAGGCUGGGUGCGUGCGCCUGCUGGGGAGCGCUGGGGGGGGGGUCCAACCUGAAGCUGCCUUCCAGGUACCCCUUCCAACUUCUCCGCUUGCAUCUGUGAAGCAUAGCAGCCAACUCCUAGAGGCCGAGGAGACUUUGCCCGCCACCCACCCUACAAUAAAAUAUUUGAGGGUGCCUGCCCCCCCUAAAGUUGAUGGGCAUUGCCAUUCAAAUGGUGUGCGUGUAUCGUGCCUUGUGAUUGAUUACACGGUGUGCGUCUUACCCGGACCCCCAAAGUAUUUUAUUCAAGUUGGCAUCCUUGCGGUAAAGGGACCCUGCAAUUUAAGGGUUUGCCUGCAGGCCAACUGAAUUCUACUCAAGAGUAGAUUCGUGGAAAUGGGUGAGCCUGUUAGUUGUGCCCAUUAGCCUGAAUGGGUCUGCUGUUGGUUUAUUGCAUUGAUACCCGACCUUUUCUCUCUCUAAACAAGCUACUUGAGGGGGCCUACAUGGUUCUCCCUUUCUUCAUUUAAUACACAACAUCAACCCUGUGAGGUUGAUUAGGUGGAGAGACAGUGACUGGUUCCAAGUCAGUGUCAUGGCCAAGUAGGGAUUUGAACCGUGCUCUGCCAAGCUCCUAGUCUGACACUCUAACCAGUAGGCUACCACUGGCUCUCAUUGACUAGCCUUGGCUGCAACCCUAAAACUGGGAGCAGGGCAGGGGAAGCACACCUGAAGCUGCCUCUCUCACCACCUCCCAACUUCUCUACUUGCAUUGGUGUGGCAGAGAUUGUGCAAUGAAGACAGGGCAGCCUAAUGGUCAAGGCUGCAUUCCUAAUCCCACUUAACCUGGGGUUCUGAGGGGAGUAGGAGGAGCCUCCGCUUGAAGCUACUUUCCAAUCCCCCCCCCCCGCCUCCAAUUUAUCUGGCUGCAUGAAUAGAGCAACUGUGCAAGUGACAGAUUGUGCAAUUAAGGUGGAGUUGCCCGGCGGCUCAUGCAGCAAUUCUCAACCCACUUAACCCGGAGAGCAAGCCCCACUGAAUCAAUGGGACUUGCUUCUGAGAAGCCAUGUUUAGGACGCAGCCUAAAUUGCGGGCAGUGCCCUGCAAUGAGGGAGAUGCCACAGAUCUCUGAUCAGUUGGCUCCCACACCCAAAACUCAGGUGGGCUGGCUUGCCACAUUUUAUUUAUUCAUUAACUUAAUUUCUACCCCACUCCCCAUUUUAUUCCACAACAUCCCUGUGAUUAUAGGGUGAGAGACAGUCUUGGAAGGUCACCCGAGGGAGCUUUAUGGCUAAAUGGGGAUUUGAACCCUGGUCUCUCAAGUCCUAAGUCGGACCCUCUAAUCACUACACCUGAAGCAAGUAAAGUAGCCAACUAUGCCAUCUAAAGGAAUGUGUCUGUGCAUACAGGUUUAAAACCACUUUACAGCACCACUGGCAAUGAAUUGGGUAGCUCCCAGUUCAGAUCUCAACUCUGCCUUAAUUUGAUCCUAGAGACUUAAUUUAAUUUGAUCCUUGAGAGUUGGAAGGGACCCGAAGCAUCAUCUAGUCCAACCUGCUGCAAUUUCCCUAAUGGUCUUCAUCAAGCCACUCUUUUUGCCCACCCUUCAACUACAAUAUGAGGAAUAUUAAUCUAGAUUACAGGGUUAUUGUAUGGAUUAUGGUUUCCAGAUAAUGCAUGAAGGAUAAUAUCCCGAGUCAGGCCAUUGGUUCAUCUAGCUCAGCCUACACUGACUGGCAGUGGCUGUCCGGGUUUCAGGCAGGAGUCUCUCCCCACUCUGCUGGGAAUCAAACCGGGGACCUUCUGUGGUAGAUGCUUUACCACUGCAGCUCUCAGGGGUUGCCAAACUGUUUGGGCACACGGGUGCAUUUGCAAACUCUUGUGGGCGCCAUGUGCCUUAUGUGAUCAUCCACACAUGCACACACUGUGUUUAUGAGCCAUGUGUCAUGCAAAGGUUAAGGCUGUGGUCCUAAGCAGCUCCUGGAAGAGCUGUGUAGCUCAGUGGCUGAGCAUCUGCCUUGCAAGCAGAAGGUCCCAGGUUCAGUUCCUGGCAUCUCCAGGUAGUAGUAGGAAAAGACCCUUUUCUGAAACCAUGCAUAGCCUCUGCAAGUCAAUGUAGAUGAUAAUAAGCCAGAUGGAUCAAUGGCCUGUGUUUGUAUAAGGCAGCUUCCUAUUUAAACCAAACUCUCUUUUUUCAAAACCAUGAGGACUAGAACCCUGCUUUAUUUUUUUAAGGGAAGGACCAAAGCUCAAUGGUAGAGCACACCCUUCUGGUGCAAAAGAUCCCCCGUUCAAUCCCAGGCAUCUUUAAGUAGGGCUGAGAGCCUGGAAGAGCCGUUGCCAGUCAGUGCAGACAAUACUGAGCUAGAUGGACCCAGUAGUCUGACUUGGUAGAAGGCAGUUUCCUAUGUAACUCAAUAUGACUUUCUUCUGUAUAGCCACGCAUAGGAUUGCAUGGCUUAUAGCACACAUGUGCCGUUGGUGCUCUGUCAAGGUGAUUUAAGCUUUCUUUCUGCCUGGCAGUUUUCACACUGCAUGUGCAGCCUGGGUAAGGGAUUUGCCUCCCCCCCCCCCCCAGCCCGCACACUGCUAGCAAUAUUUCUUGCAGAUGAUAAGGGAGCAGUCACGCCCAGGGAGGGGUAGACCUCCCACAUCCAGCUCUCAUUGAGCUGAAUGACACCCCACGGCCCAGUGGAAUGCAGCCAGACCAUUACGGCUGUCUGGUUUGUUUGCUAAAUGGAGAGGGGCUCUAGGGCGUCAGGAAUAUGUGCAAAUCUUUAUUUCCAUGGGUGGCAGAUGGCAGAUCUGGAGCUACCGGUAAAUGUCUGGGUAGUUCAUAGCAGAGCAGCAAAGAUUUAUGACUCUCUACUGCUGGACAUUGUUAGCAACCUUUGGGUAAACAGGAAUGAAUUUUACAUGGGAGGGGUAGAUGCAAAACUAGUUCCUGGGCUUACAUUUACUCACAGUAGACCCAUUGAAAUUAAAUGACGUGGUUAAGUAAGGUCCAUAGAAUUCAACUUACUUGAAUACCACCCUCUAAUCCUAAAUCUAUGGCUUCAAACACACCAUGCAAUUAAAGCACAAGACUCCCCUCCUCCCAAGAGUCCUGGGACCUUGGCUACAAUUCCCAGCACCCUUGUCAAACUGCAGUUCCCAAGAUUCUUUGGAGGAAGUCAUGUGUUUUGAAAUGUGCUUUAAAUAUUUGCAGAUCUGGUCGUUUUGUACCUGACCCUUGUGUGGGUGGAUUUGGGGGUUGGGAGGGGACCAACAGCCUGAAGUCUUCCCUCCCUUGAUUAUGCAACCACUCCAUAAUCUGGAGCAUGUGGCAGCAGGUUGUGGCUUCCGGGAGGUGAAGGGAGUGUAGUUUGCACAUGCCCAGAGAGGCAAUCUGCCCUUUGAUGUGGCUCGACUGAAUGCAGUGGGUUUCGGAACAAAGGCAAAUUUGGGACUGGCCUGUCUUGGGGUUCUGACAUAAGAAGAACUCUGUGGAAAGUCUGUUUUGUCCAUUUGCACACAGUGUGGAAAGAGAGGCUUCUUGGAAGCUCAGAAUCUAGGGGCAAAGGCAAUAACUGCACCACCACAACUUGACCACUGAACCUCAGCCUCCACAGAACCUCUGGGAUAGCUCAGUCCUUAGAGCAUGAGACUCUUAACCUCAGAGUCAUGGGUUUGAGCCCCACAUUGGACAAAGGAUUCAGAAUUGGACCAGAUGACCCUCGGGGUCCCUUCCAACUCUACAAUUCUGAUUCUAUGAAAACGAAUUUGCUGAAUCCUCUAAGCCAGUAGUCAUUGCCACAUCUUGUAGCUAAGUAGUGGUGACAGGUAAAUUUAAACUCUGGUCUCAGAGGCAGUGUAUCUUCAAAUGGUAAGACUAUGUAUUGAUUCACUUCCAGAUGUGGAAAGCCAGCUCCCUAGGGAGUGGGACUCUGAGCUUCUACCCCAGAGUCCUGCUCCAAUGGCACCCCUGCCUGCAUGUUAACUACAAAUUAUAAGAAGAGCUGGAUGGUCAGUUCCUUAGUUAGCUUGAUGGGGAUAUUGGAUAAUGCAGUCUUUCCAUAAGCUACAUAGAACUGACGGACUCUCAUUACUGCUUACUGGGCUGGCUGCAUGCCAGGGGAACAUUAGACAUGGCUUGUUUGUUGCAGUCCAUACCACUAGGGGGAGCUUCUCAAAAAAAUUGCAUUAUAAGGACCCUUCCCGAUUGGUGUUUCGCUGCGGGUGUACAGUGGUACAUCAGGUUAAGUACUUAAUUCGUUCUGGAGGUCCGUUCUUAACCUGAAACUGUUCUUAACCUGAAGCACCACUUUAGCUAAUGGGGCCUCCCACUGCUGCCGCGCCGCCACCGCACGAUUUCUGUUACCAUCCUAAAGCAAGCUUCUUAACCUGAAGCACUAUUUCUGGGUUAGCGGAGUCUGUAACCCGUAGCAUCUGUAACCUGAAGCGUAUGUAACCCGAGGUACCACUGUAUCCUGCAACAUGUGCUUGAUUCAUUGAUAAUGCAUUAGCGGUGGGUUUGUCCUGCUUUCGUUUGUGCUUCCUCGAUGCUGCCACAAAAGUGCUGUUUGGAGGUGCUACAGCACAACAAAAGCGAGACAAAUGGCAACAGCAGCCCCCAAACAUUUGUAGUAUGAAAAGUUAUGGGAUUUCAGCAGGAAGUUACGAGGUAUGCACCAAUUGGAAAUGAAGCAGUGUGACCCAUCUAAAACUUCUGUCUGCAUAAACAGCAUUGAAAGUGGGAUCAAGUAUGACCCCCUCCCCCAAUUGUAUCAUGAGCACCAAUCAUCAUAUAUUUUCAAUAAAAAGGACAUCUGGGGAUGCCCUAAGUAAGCCUUAGGAUUCAUUCAACCCAGUAUUGUCUGCUCUGGACAGCCAAGUCUGUUGACGCAGGCGUCAAAUCUGGGAUUUCUGACAUGCAAAGCCAGCUAUACUUGACUGUGCAAGUGAGAGGCAGCGUUUCAAAAACUGAACAUGAGGCCAAAGCAACCAAACUGGGGAAUCUGGUUGGGUGACACCAGAAGAAAGGGGACGACUCUGUUGGUUUUGAUUGGCGGCAGGGAUUUCAGGGGGUGGGGCCCUGUGCUGGCAUGUGCGCACACGUUGUGGUGGGGAAAACCCCUUCGUGCUUCCAAACGGCAGAGAUGCCAAUCUUGUUCCAGCUUGCACGGAAAUAGGGAGUGUGUUCACGAGCUGUGCAGCUGACUGACACUUUGCAUUUGUGAUUUACAGGCUGAGUACACUCUUUGCUGUUUAUUUAUCAUCAGUAUUUUUAUACCGUGCACAUAUGGGCGUUUGUACAUACCAGGGGCUGCCACCCUUGCUUGGUUUGUUCACCCAACCAGUCCCCUUGCCAAAACAACCCCCUUCCCUUAGAACUCGUCAAAAGCCUUUUAUGAUUAUCCCCCCACUUCUCACCCUUCCUCCGCCCCACCACCACCAAUGUUGGAGGUACAAAAGAGAAAGGCAGGGUGGGUUGCAAAAGUCUUGUAUCUUCUUCUGUUGGGAUGAAGAGUUGGUCCAGCAGUAGGAGGAAGGAGACCAGAAGAAGCCAGCCAGCCAAUCUGCGAAUCGGCAACUGCUGCAGCAGUAGAUUACCAGGGUGACUGGCUACCACUUCUGGCAGUGGUUAUUCCCACACAGACUGACCCUUCAUCCUAAUUGGGUGGGUGGCGGGUGGCAGAGGAAACAGUGGCUCUCCAAGCUGCCCAGGGAGGAGAAAGGUCACCAGUAGCACAGUGCUGGCCACUGGAACCCAGUGGCAGGGCUCCCAGGGCUGGCAGACUGAUGAUUCAGCGGAGACCAAACCCAUGGGACUCACUAAUGUGUGUUAGCAAUUGCAGCAGAGAAACAGGGGAGCAGGCGAUUCUGGAUUAACGGAUUUGGCACAACGAAAGGUGCACUCCGGAUCACUGGAACAAGGCAGGCUAGCAAUAGCCAAGCUUCCCCUUCUUCUGGCUAUAGGACUCUGCUUUAGCUGGCUGGAGAGACAGGGGUUAUCGCAGGAAGUAAAGCAAGUAUUUAGCUAUGCUGGAAAGGUUGGAGAGUGAGGGAAAAAGCAAGCAGGCUGUUUUGCAGUAGGAAGAAGCACAGAUCCUGACAGAGGACAGCUUGGGCCUCUGAGAGAAAAGGGUAGCCAGAGAGAAUAUUUUGCCACACUUCGUAUUUUUGUGUGUGUGUGCUUCCUUGAAUGACCUGGAUACUAGGACUGGGGAAUAUCUGGUUUUCAACCUCGUGCUAUAUCACCAGCUAAAAAUCGUGAUAUACUGAUAUAUCACAAUGUCUGAAAUAAGGAUGGAGCUAUGUAGAGGAAUUGGCUAGCUUCAGGGUUUUCCCAGCAUUGUGAUUUUUGCCUAGCACAAACCCAUCAUGAUUUGUGAUAUAUUGCCAGGUCAGAAAUUAUAAGACCAAUAUCACAAUAUGGACUUCAAACCAGUUUUUAGACGAUAUAUGGAUAUAUCACCCAGCCCUACUGGAUACGAAGUGGAUCAGUCCCUUGAGUAGUUCACAGAGCUGUGUGUACAUUGGGGUUGGGAACCUCAGAUGUGGCCCUCUAGGCCUCUAUAUCUGGCCCCAUGGAAUCUCCCCAGGUCGCUCCCAGCAGUCCUGCUUUGCACCUUAUUUGAGUGUUUUUGCCUGGCUGGAAUGUGUCCUUGAAUUACAAUUGUGCUUGUCCGGAUCAGGGAUAGAGCAUAAAAACUUGCUUACUAAGCAAAAGUAAAUUUGCAUCUGCUGCUCCGCCCACUUUUGUCUCUGGCCCCGCCCACCAGCAAUGUCACACAACCCUUGGAAGGUUGGCCAGCAGGAAAUGCAGCCGUCUGACUGAGAAAGAUUCUCCAGCCCUAGUGUAGGUUAUUUCCAAGUGGUCUGUGGAGACGAGAAGUCUGGCUAUCACUGCUCCAAGGUGUUCAGGUGCAGCGCUCUUGCUGAGAGCUCUGAGCAUCGCUGUCAAGAGGUUCUCAGCACCGGUUGCGUUCAGCUCCUUCUUGAGCACCUCCAUAAGCUUCUCGGCACCCACCAGGCUCCUGAGCCUUCCUCUGCCUGUUUCGCCAUGUCCUCACAUGCUCUUCCAAGAGCAUGCGUCUCUGUCCAAGCCCUGCUUCUCAAAGCGAAUUUCACUGCCCUUGCGGCUCUUGUUGAGUCCCUGCCACCUGUUUCAUGUGGUUUCCGUAUGGAGUUUCUCUUCCACGACGAUUAUGUAACUCUGGUGAUUUUGCUCAACUGCUUCUUGUGGGCAGCUGCGCCUCCUGUUGAUUAAGCUUAAGCCAAUCUUCAAGCGUCGAUCUGGAGGGGGGCCAAGAAGUCUUAGCCUAACAAGAAGAGGAAGAGAGAGGAAGAGGGCAGAGAGAGAAGGGUGGGAAGCCGACUUACAGCAGCGUGGGCCAUCCAGUUACUUUCCAUUGGGAUGGAGACACUGAGGUGGUGGCCCUUCGCAGUGAAAUCUUUCUUUUUUCAGACAAAUUUUUAUUGAUUUUCACAGAUUUUACAAAUUUGCUUACAUUUUAAUAUAUGUUUCUCUUAGAAUUUUGACUCCCCACCCUUACUUCCUUGCUGUUUUUAUUCCCACCUUAUAUCUACUGUUUUAUAUGACAUACUUUUCUCUAAUACAAUUAUUCUCUAUUUCACUUAUCGUUGUUCUUGUCCCGCUGCGCAUAAUUCGAACCUUGUCCGUGUUUUCAUUCGACUAUAAGAGUUCUUCAACUGGUCCGGAAAGGGCUCUCUACUCUUCCAUAAACAGUUUGUCUCUUUUACCUCUUAUUUUUGCUGUCAAAUUUUGCCAUUUCCACAUAGUCCAUUCACUUUUGAAGCCAUUUCUCCUUAGCUAGUACUUCUCCUUCUCUCCAUUUCUGCGUGUACAGGAUUCACAACAAAAUCUUUCGCAUGGACAGAAUCCAGCUACGUUUCGCUGACAGGAGAACCUUUGAAAUUAAUGGACCCAAAUGAGUCAGGACCCUUAAUUUCAUUGGGUCUACUCAUGAGUAGGGCUAACAUUGGCAAUAACACUCUUGUCGCUUUCGGUUUCUCGUCCCCCCCCCCCAAUUUUCAGUUCUCCAUAUUUCUGCAGGGAUUUUGUGAUUCUGUUUAUUUUAUAUUAAAAAAGCCACAAUGAAAAUUCAUCAGCAUAUAAAUGCAAAUUUCUCUUAAUGUAUCCUGCCCUGCCUUUUGCAAGCAGUGUCCCCAAGAGGAUGCAGUUGGUGUGUUAUUUUCAUGAAUGUGUGCAGAAAAAUGCAGGAUGGGCCUGUGCAGUCCAGAAGCCAGCAGCUGAUGAUACUGAGGCCAGCUAAGAAAGAUCAGACUCACAGAGUUUGACCUUUGUCCCAGCAGGGAUUAAAUUGAUUCUAAUUAAUAGGCUUCACAAUGGAGGGCUACCUUUAGUGGAGUUUAAAGGGCUUGGGUCAUUGGUGGGUUGUUGUUGUUGUUGCUUUUUCCAGUCUGCCAUAAAUUACAUCUCUAAUUAACUUGGGGUCCUCUUUGUAGCUGUCCUUUCCCCCCCUCCCUGCCCUCUAGCUUCUUAAAUGCAUCCCACUGCACUCCCAGCAAUGCCAAUAUAGCUACCGUAUUUUUCGCUCUAUAACACGCACCCGACCAUAACACGUACAUAGUUUUUAGAGGAGGAAAACAAGAAAAAAAAUAUUCUAAACAAAACAGCGGAUGUAUGAUUUUUGUGGUUCAUGCUGUGGCCACAGACAUGUGAUCUGAUGGUGAGUUUGGGGUAGCCCAAUGCAAAAAUCCUGAGGAUCCAUGUGGAUCCAUGCUUUGUAACCACGUUUUUGCACCACUGCGGCCCCAGGCAACAGUGGGUGCAUGAUUUUUUUGGUGCAAGCUGUAGCCAUGCUAUGUGAUCUGACAUGCUAUGUGAUCUGACAUGCUAUGUGAUCAGCGGCUCUUCUCCCGCUUUGCUGUUUCAAAGCAAGCCACGGAGAAGGGAAGGAAGGGGAACCAUGGAUCCUCUGCUCACAACUGCAGCAGAUCUCCCCGCCAUCCGUAGGCAUUCGCUCCAUAACACGCACAGACAUUUCCCCUUACUUUCUAGGAGGAAAAAAGUGAGUGUUAUGGUGCAAAAAAUAUGGUAUAUUUGCAACCUGGGGGUGAACACACGCAGAAAUAAUUUUGUUUAGAUUUUUUUUAAGAAAAGAAAAGACAGCCAGGGAAUUAGGGCUUUUUGUGGUUGUCUUCUGCAACAUGUCAUCGAUGCAGUAAUAAGGCCUUAGCUGUGGACCAUCCACUGGUCAUUCCUCAUUAUUAGCUGUUCUCUGAUGCGUCCACAAUAUUAUGGUAUUGUUGCCAUCUGGAGGGAUUUUAUGGGGCUGCAUUCACACCACAAUUUAUUCUGUCUCCCCAGCAUUUCCUUGCCUGUUAAUAUUUCACAGAAUCAUAGAGCUCAAAGGGACCCCCCAGGGACUUCUCUUUCAACCCCUUGCAAUGCAGGAACCACAGCUAAAGAAUCUGUGGUAGAUGGCUGUCCAAUUUCUCUUUAAAAAACCUCCGCCGGAGGUGAGUCCACCACCUUCUAGGCUGGAAUUGCUUGUGUGGAAGGCAAAUCCUCGUGAGAUGUGGUUCUCCGCUGUCCAACGCUAUUCGUCCGACUUAUCCAAAAUAAUGAUUUGACAUCUGAAAGUUGGGUUUGCAGAGGGGAGAGGACAUUUGCAUAAGUAAGGGGAAGCCUGGCAAUCAAAGGAUCCUUGGUGUGUGUGUGUGUGUGUGUAAGCACAUCCGGAUUGCUUGAGAGAAUUGGCACCCGCUACCUCCUUUGUGGCUCAGGGUUCAUCGGCUGGUCAGGCAGUUCCCCCCUCCCAACCUAUGACAUCAUGACAAUUUUGUUUAUCCCUCACACAGAACAAGCACUGUGAAGGGAGAAAUGGCUUCCGACUACUUGUCCCCCAAAUCUUUCUUCUUUCUUUCUUUCUUUCUUUCUUUCUUUCUUUCUUUCUUUCUUUCUUUGCUUCAGUUCAGCAGCUGCAAGACACUUGAAUCAGGAACCCUGCAGCCCAGCAAUUUUUGCUCUCAUCGACAAGCAAGCAUGACAACAAUAAUUUCUUCCUCUUUCCUUUGAACUCUUUGCAAGCUGGUUGCACCGCCAGAGACCAUUCCAGACUGGGGACGGUGGUGUUUUUUAUUUUAUUUUAAGCAAGUAUAUUCAGCAGCAUGUCAUGGACACAAGAAUGGUACGCUAGUGGCAAACUUAACACUGAGCUGUCCAAAUACCAUAACAGCUUUGUUAGUUGUGCUCUGAUGCUUGUAAGAGGUGUCCCGUUAGAAGUUUAUAAGGUUAGGCAUGGCAUAGAGAACACACAAAGCUUUAUUGCGGUCCACAGACCCAAAAUACAUAGUACAACAAUAGUAUAUAGCAACAGUCAUUAAGGUGUAAGAUCAGCCUUGCUAGUCAACAGAGAAGCUUAAGCCUAUACAUACUGAUUUCUGAUUUUUACUGCCUCUGAGAGGAGUUUUGCUACAUCCAGUGUAAUAGUAUCACACUUACCCUCAAGAAGAACCUUGACAUGAAAUGAGUUGGCCAUUCCAGGUUGUUCUGACAGUACAGUGGUACCUCAGGUUACAUACGCUUCAGGUUACAGACGCUUCAGGUUACAGACUCCACUAACUCAGAAAUAGUACCUGGGUUAAGAACUUUGCUUCAGGAUGAGAACAGAAAUUGCGUGGCAGCAGCGGGAGGCCCCAUUAGCUAAAGUGGAUCCUUCAGGUGCUUCAGGUUAAGAACAGUUUCAGGUUAAGAACGGACCUCCGGAACGAAUUAAGUUCUUAACCUGAGGUACCACUGUAUUGGAUUGCUUACCAUGAAGUUGUUACAGUAAGGGCCACACAUUUUUAACAAUUUAAAAAAUAGGUGCCAGUUCUACAUACCCUUGAGUACGCCGCCCCCCCCCCCCAGGGGCGGGGGAAGCACUGGGUCUCGUAGGUUUAACAGUUUAGCAUGCAGAAUUUGCUUUGCUCUCUUGCCGCCACCCUGUUUCAUCCCAGGGAUUAGGAAUCCAAUGGAAGGAACUCCCCUAUCCUUCUCAAAAUAUGUCACUGUAUCUUUCCAUUCUCUGCCGACACCUCUCGCUGUUUGCUUUCCAUUAUCUUUAAUGCUCAAAGAUUUGCCUCUGGCCCAACGGUGUUUACCAUAGUUUCUCAGAGGUGUCAUUAAGAGGCCUCUUAAUGUCAGACUCCAAGCAUCAAAAGGGUUUCUCUCCCAGCCUUGGACAAUGGUCAACCUUUCACAUAUCUCCCUUGCACAAAAGCUUGCCAAAUCUCUUUUUUAUAUAUACAUGCCAGUAUGACAUUACUUGGAUUAUCUUUUUUUUUAAAAAAGUAAGAGCUAUUCCAGGAAGGGAUGAUAGUGCUUUAUAUAUGGAGUCUGAGCACUGGUCCAUCUAGCUUAGCAUGGUCUGUGGUCCUCCAGAUCUUGAUGGGCUAUAGGUAAAGGUAAAGGGACCCCUGACCAUUAGGUGCAGUCAUGGCUGACUCUGGGGUUGUGACGCUCAUCUCGCUUUAUUGGCCGAGGGAGCCGGCGUACAGCUUCCGGGUCAUGUGGCCAGCAUGACUAAGCCGCUUCUGGUGAACCAGAGCAGCACACAGAAAUGCCGUUUACCUUCCCGCCGGAGCGGUGCCUAUUUAUCUACUUGCACUUUGACGUGCUUUAGAACUGCUAGGUUGGCAGGAGAAGGGACCGAGCAACGGGAGCUCACCCCGUCACAGGGAUUGGAACCACCGACCUUCUGAUCGGCAAGUCCUAGGCUCUGUGGUUUAACCCACAGCGCCACCUGCAUCUAUAGCUCCCAUCAACCCUGUCUUCAUGGAGGCUAAGGCUAUUUGUGGCUGCUGGCCGUGAUGGCUAUACUCUGCCUCCAUGAGCAGAGGCAGUGGUGCUGCUUCUGCAUCCCAGUUGCUGGAAACCACAGGAGGGGAGAGUGGUCUUGUGGAUGGGUCCUGCUUGCGGAUUUUCCACAGGCAUCUGCUCAGCCACUGUGAGAACAGGAUACUGGACUAGAUGGGCCCAGCAGGACAAUUGUGAUGACCUUAUCUUCAAGGGCAGCCCAAUGUAGAGCACACUGUAGCAGUCCAGUCUGGUGUCUCUGAAAAAAUUUACACUUCACUUGGGAAGACAGGCGAACUAAUGCCAGUGUACUGGAAGAAGCAAAGAUCAUCAGUGUUGAAGCAAUGAUUUUUCAACAUCAACUUCGUUGGACUGGUCAUGUUGUUUGGAUGCCUAACUAUCGUCUUCCAAAGCAACCAGUCUAUUCCAAACUUAAAAGUGGAAAGUGUAAUGCUGGUGGUCAACAAAAGAGGUUUAAAGACUUUCUCAAGGCAAAUCUAAAAUAAUGUAGUAUAAACACCAACAACUGGGAAACACUGGCCUGCGAGCACUCCAGUUGGAGAACAGCCUUUACCAAACCUUCACCGUGAUCAACUCCUGCCCGGAAACCUCUGUCCCCACUGUGGAAGGACGUGUGGGUCUAGAAUUGGCCUCCACAGUCACUCACUGUUAAAACUGUGUUUAUGGAAGAUGAUCUUAAUAGGCUACGAGUGAUCGCCAGAGAAGAAGAAAGAAGAAGUCCAGUCUGGAAGCCAUCAGAGCAUGGAAUGCAAUGUGCAUGCACAUUGAUCACAAGCCAUUUUUACUAUUUAUAGUUCUGCUACAAUCAGGUCCCAUUCAAUGGCUUCCCAUGGAGGCAUCUGCUUGGCCACUGUGAGAACAGAGUGGCAGACUAGAUGGGCCAUUGGCCUAAUCCUGCAGGCCACUUAAAUUCUUAUGUUCACUGGCCAUUCCGGCUGUGGCCGAGAGGACAACAUAUAUAAGUUUUAAUAACAUUCACACGUCUCUCAGCAAGUUUCCCCACCAGGACGAAGCAAAGUCGUGGUUACCAGUAUUACAUUUAAGCAAACCCCUAGCUGCAGACAGCUGAAAAGAAGGGACAAAAUUUGACCUCACCCAGUCCCUUUCUUCCAUGACUGAACACAAACUUUGCUCUCUUUCAGCUACUGUUUGCACUUGCUCAAGCUGUUACCCUUUUGUCAACAGGUACCUUUGUGUGGCCCCGGCUGACAGAUCCUUCCAGGCUUCGCGAGUUAUGAAGUGCCCAUUAAGGGCAGGCAGAUCUGGUAGCAUUGCUUUCUCUCUGCUUCUCAUUUUUCCAGUCUUAAAUUCAGGUCUCCGCAUCUCUGGAGCAAAUUCGCAUUUUUGUAAUAUUAAAAAACAAACAGACCCACAUCCUCGUUAAAAUUCACCAGCGUUUUAAGUGCACGGUUCUCCUAACAGACACAAUUUUUAAUGCAGGUCUGGCACUUCCCCCUACUAUAAAAUAUUUUUGUAUGUUAUUUUCACUAAUAUAUGCAUUUCGGGCUUGAAGCACCAACAAGAGUACCUUGAACUGGGUCCAGAAGUGAACUGGCAACCAAUGCAGCUGUUUUAAAAUGGGGUUUAUAUGGGGCACAGGAUGCUAACUGUUGAGCAAAAUGAAAAAAAAUCUGGGGGAAUGGAAUGGAGUAUCUUGGAAGGGGAAAUGGCUGACUGGCUGGCACCUUACAUAGGAAGCAUACUGGGCACCGCAACUAGGUCAGCUGGUAGAGCAUGAGACUCUUAAUCUCAAGGUCAUGUGUUUGAGCCCCAUGUUGGGCAAAAUAUUCCUGCAUUGCAGGGGGUUGGACUAGAUGACCCUUGGGGUACCUUCCAACUCUGGAAUUCUAUAAGUCUAUGCAACAUUUAUUGCAGGGCCGACUUUUGUUGGUAUUUAUUCCUCCUGGGCAUCCUUCCUUUCGUCUGCUUGUCUCCAACAAAACCUUUCCCCCCUGUUUAUCUAUUGUCUGUACUCCUUGCAUUUUUUUCUUUGCACCUUUUUCUUUUAGAAGACCCUCCCCCACACCCAAAUUUACAUUACGUUUUUUAAAAUUUAAUUUUUUAUUGAAUUUUACAAAAAAAGAAAAGGAAAGAGAAGCAAAGAAUAAUACAUAACACUGUGGUACCACAGGUUACAGACGCUUCAGGUUACAGAUUCCACUAACCCAGAAAUAGUACCUCAGGUUAAGAACUUUGCUUCAGGGUAAGAACAGAAAUCAUGUGGCAGAGGUGGUGCAGCAGCAGUGGGAAGCCCCAUUAGCUAAAGUGGUGCUUCAGGUUAAGAACAGUUUCAGGUUAAGAACAGACCUCCAGAACGUAUUAAGUUCUUAACCCGAGGCACCACUGUAUACAUAUUUUCCAAAAUGCAGACUGAAAAAAAAAAAAAGACAAAAGUUGUUGUUUGCCGCCUUCGGCAUCUUUACAAUAAGGCAGGAUGCCAUUUUUUCAACAAAACACACAACCAUGUGCCACGAUGUUUGCGCAUUGCUCCUCCUCUGCUGACGCCAACCACAGAAGGCAAAUGGGGUUGGUGGCAGAGCGCCACCCUGCACGAUGAUGUCAUGCCACCCGUUGCGUUGGCAUGGGAAGGGAAAAGAAUGGCAUCGGUGCGGAGCCCCUCUCGGUCUGCUAUUUGGGGGGUAGAGGCAGUUAGCAACCCGGAGCUAAUUAAGGCGCAACAGCCGAGUCCUUCCACCAUCCAGCGCUGGCAUCCUAGGCGGGCAGGAGGCCUCUUGCUGCUGACCCCAGCCCCUGGCAGCCCACCUUCCCCUGGGAUGGCACAAGGAAGCAUUCCACCUGGCUGCCAAGGAUUGAGGUCACCUAGAGUAGCAACAGGGCAGGAAGCUUCUGCACAGCGCCAGCCUUCCACAGCAGGGAUUAACCGCCUCGCUGAGCUGCUGCCCUCGACAAUUUUCUGGUCAGUAACUUUCUGAAAAGGAGAGCGUGUCUCUUGCAGGAGGGAGGGAGGCCAGCAGCUGAGGAGGGGUAAGGUUGGGGCGGGGGGAGAGAGAAGAGGACUGGAUGGGUUCCAGGAUGGGAAGCUAUCACAUCCGAAAACUACAGCCCUAGACAGAGGUCGGGUUUUCCAACGCUUCUUCCUGCCCGCCCAACACAAAUACAGAAACUCCAGCGCUUAUUUAGGGAUGGGGCUGGGAUGUGUCUAUUCCACUGUUAUUAAAGGUGUGGGAGAUAUCGUGGCAGGGAAUGGUUGUCUACUGUAGCAAGGCUUUGGCUGAUUUAUUUAUUUAUUUAUUUUUAUAAUCCACACUUUCAUUAAAAAAUGUAGCAGGGUGGAGUAAACAGAGGAAUCAAAUCAGCAGAUGAUCCAUAAAAGCAGCAAUUAAAAGGACAAAAUAAUGAUGGUGCAAAUGGCUGCCUAAACAAUGCAGAUUUCAGAAGACAUAUAAAAGAAGGCAGGUACAAUUCCUGCUAAACUUCCACUGGCAGGUAGGGCAGGGCCUGCCACACUGAUCUUUAGUAAUGGCCAAACGAAUCAGAGGAUCUCAGUGGCUGAGGUGGAGCAUAAGGAAUUGGGCAGUCCUUGUUGUUGUUGUUGUUAAUUAUUAUUAUUUAUAUGCUGCCCAUCUGACUAGGUUACCUCAGCCACUCUGGCCAGCUUCCAACAAAUAUAAAAGCAUAAUGAAACAUUAAAAACUUCCCUAAACAGGGCUGCCUUCAGAUGUCUUCUAAAAGGCAGAUAGUUGUUUAUUUCCUUGACAUCAGAUGGGAGGGCGUUCCACAGGGCAGGCACUACUACUGAGAAGUCCCUCUGCCUGGUUCCCUGUGACUUCUUGCAGGGAGGGAACUGCCAGAAGGCCCUCAGAGCUGGACUUCAGUGUCCGGGCUGAACGAUGGGGGUGGAGACACUCCUUCAGGUAUACUGGGCCGAGGCUAUUUAGGGCUUUAAAGGUCAGCACCAACACUUUGAAUUGUGCUCGGAAACGUACCAGGAGCUAGUGAAGAUCCUUUAGGACUGGUAUUAUAUGGUCUCAGUGGCCACACCCAGUCACCAGUCUAGUUGCCGCAUUCUGGAUUAGUUGUCGUUUCCGAGUCACCUUCAAAGGUAGCCCCACGUAGAGCACGUUGCAGUAGUCCAAGCGGGAGAUAACCAGCACAUGCAUGUACUAAAUCGCCUUGGUCCAGUAUACCUGAAGGAGCGUCUUCACCCCCAUCGUUCUACCCAGACACUGAGGUUCAGUGCCGAGGGCCUUCUGGUGGUUCCCUCACUGUGAGAAGUCAAGUUACAGGGAACCAAGCAGAGGGCCUUCUCGGUAGUGGCGCCUGCCCUGUGGAACACCCUCCCACCAGAUGUCAACUACCAGACUUUUGGAAGACAUCUGAAGGCAGCCCUGUUUAGGGAAGCUUUUAAUGUUUGAUGCAUUAUGGUAUUUUAAUCUUUUGUUGGAAGCCGCCCAGAGUGACUGGGGAAGCCCAGCCAGAUGGGCGGGGUAUAAAUAAUAAAUUAUUAUUAUUAUUAUUAUUAUUAUUAUUAUUAUUAUUAUUACUUUAGCCCAAGUUGUGUGGAUUAACACAACUAUCUUGAAUCUCCCCUAGUAGCAAAUCAGAUCAGAAACCAGUGAAACUCAGCAUCUGAGUAACAUGAUGGCUGUGGUUAGAAACUUGGGCAGUCCCACAUGAAGCAUGGUGCAGUAAUCAAGCCCUAAGGUUACAAUUCGCACUGGUAGGGAAGGCGGGGAGAUGGACAAUAGGUGGAACCAGAGUCAAUGAUGGGUGCAGCUACCCCCUGGCUGGUUGUGAGUGAGAAGUCAUGCAGAAAAACAAAAGGCACUGGGCUGGCAGGGUGGACACUGGGGUUAGUGGGGGCAAAGCUCCAUUCAUCCUUGAGGACGAAGCUGCAGUGGUGAAGCAUUCUCAAAGCAACUGGAUGUCACUGGCCAACGAUUCUUAAAGAACCAUUUUCUUGCAGAUUAUCCUGUGGGGUCGGACAGAGAAGUGCCUAAAAGAAACCACGGAGGAGAUCCGAGCGAUGGGAACAGAGUGCCAUUACUUCAUCUGUGACGUGGGCAACCGCGAAGAGGUUUACCGACAGGCCAAAGCUGUCCGUGAAAAGGUACGUUUGGUGAAGAAACUGAGGGGGCUGCUCAUCAAAUUCGCAAAUGACACCAAACUGGGAGGGAUAGUGAAUAUCGCUGGAGAUAGGAUUCAAGGUGAGCCCACAGUGUGAUGGAGCAGCAAAAAAAAGCUAAUCUAGGCUGCAUCAACCAAAGUAUAUUGCUCAGAAGUCAUAGUACCGCUCUAUUCUGCAUUGGGCAGACCACACCCUUAGUACUGUGUCCAGUUCUAGGCACCAGUUAAAGAAGGAUAUUGGCAGGCUGGGGGGUGCUGAGGAGGGCAGCCAAGAUGAUAAAGGGUCUGGAAAUCAAGCCUUAUGCGGAACGGUUGAGGGAGUUGGGAGUGUUUAGCCUAGAGAAGAGAAGAUUGAGAGGGGAUAGGAGAGCCACCUUCAACUUUCUAAAGGGCUGUCACAUGGAAGAUGGAGAAAGCUUGUUUCCGCUCCUCCAAAGGGUGGGACUUUUCUGACAUGAAGAGCUGUUUGUCAGUGGGAUGAAAUCGCUCAGAAACCGUACUCAACCCUGCUUCACUUUGCAAAUAUGCCGGUAGUAAACAAUGCAGACUGGAAUCUUGCUUUCUUUUUAAGGGCAGUUCCAUAAGUUCAGUGGUAGAGCAUCACCUUUGCUUGCAGUGGGUCCCAGGCAUUUCUGGAUUGGGCUGAGAAAGGCCUGAAACCCAGGGGAACCACAGUCUGUCAGUGUAGACAAUACUGAGCUCUAAUAUAACAUGAGGCAGCUUCAUGUGGAGCAUCUGUAGCCGAAGAGCACAGGUAUUGGAUGCUGAAGGUCCUAGGUUCAAUCCCCGGUGUGUCCAGGUAGGGUUGGGAGAGAGUCCUGUCUGAAACCCUGGAGAGCUGCUGACAAUACUAAGCUAGAUGGAAUCUGUAUAAGGCCGCAUAAUAUGUUUACUGUUGGGAAACAAAAGACUGAGCUCUAUGUACCUUUGGUCAGAUCUUGCAGGGCUCACCCACUGACUGGGGGCUUCUCCUUUCUCCCCCCACCUCCUCUUUAGGUCGGGGAUAUCACCAUCCUAGUGAACAACGCAGCCGUUGUUCACGGCAAGAGCUUGAUGGAGAGCGACGAUGACGCACUGCUGAAAUCACAGCACAUCAACACGCUGGGACAGUUCUGGGUACGCAGCCAUCCUUUCUCCCACAUUCUCAGGCUUGGAAGUGACAGCAGGGAAUUGCAGCCAGCGAAAUCUUGGCUGCUCCCAGGGAUGGCUGAGCCGAAUUUGGGAAGAUCAGCCCGGCGUGCAAACCUGCCAGAAAAAACAGUGGGGUGGGGGGAGGUGUGUGCAGGGGGAAAGAUUCCAGCUACCUACUGAAAUUAAUACUAAGCACCGUUGGGUGAUGCUUUAGGCAUGUGGUGCUCUUUUAGACAUCCCUGAAUUAGUCUCUACUGCUAGGUAGAUUUUCCUUUUCCUGCCCCUGAUCUAACCUGGGGUGAUUAAUUAAUUAAUUUUUUUUUUACCAAUUGUCAAUUAGAUUGGGCAUUGGGGAGCUCCUUAUCUCUCUCUACCCAAUGCAUUUCUGCCUGUGGUCAAUUGCCUCCCACCUGAUAUCUCAGCUCCAUCCUACUUGAGGAAUUGUGACUUGCAAAGGAGAAGCGGAUCUCUUGCAAAGAAGAAGGUGAUGGGCUCUGUGGCCCUCCUGGACUCCAACUGCUAUCAUGCCUCAGCCAGAAAUGGCCAAUUGUCACGGAUGAUGGGAGUUGGAGUCCAGCAGUUCCUGGAGGGUCACAGCUUUCCCAUCAGUCAGGGUUGGAGUCAGGAGCAAGUUGGCAGUAAAUCACACGGCGUCAGUGAAGUUCUCUUUAUUCAAGGAAACCAGGGUGACUCCAGAGGCCAGGCCUAAUGAGCACAACAGUUCAUCCUGGUAAAUCUUGCCCCUAUGAGGCAGUUGUUGGGAAUGAAGGUCCCCGCCUUCCCACAGUUCCCUAAGUCCUCUCCUCACCCAGGUCCUUCCCAAGCAAUCUGAGUCAUUGCCACUGUGCCUGACUUUGCUCCACACUCUUCAUAUCUCUUCUGGUUCUGGGAGACCAGGGAGGAAGGGGAGCUGGUGUAGCAUAAGGGGAGACUCCAUGGCUUCUUCAGCAGCCUGCCUGAUCUCUGCCUCUUGGGCCUCCUCUUCUCUAGCCUCUGCUUCUGGACUGCUCUCUGCCACAGGCUCUUCCUGCUCACCAAACCCUAUGACCUCUUCAGCUUCCAACCCUCCUCCCUCUUCUCCCUCUAGCCCCUUAUCAUCAUCCCACCUCCAAUCCCUGGGCCCUGAGCCUUCUUUCCUUGGGGGUUCCCCAGCUGGUGCCUCCCACCACAUCUCUGACACCAUCCCUGCCAUGACUGCCAGCUUACAGUAACACAGAUGUGGGCUUUUCCAACUGGUGGCACCACUGUUGUGCAGUGCCUCCCCUCUGAAAUAUAGGAGUCCUCCCCACUGGUUCUCGCUUUCCACAAGCUCCUGAAGACACACUUGGUUAAAGACCAGCAUCCCCUUUGAACUUCCUGAUCUAAUUGCCCCGGUGGCUCUUUUCAUUCUUCUUCUUUUCAACGGGUCUUAUCCCCUUGCAUAUUGUAGUUGCGGAAGAUUUCGUGGAAUGGUUUUUAUUGUGCGCUUCAGUUAGGCACGGGUAUUUUAUGAUUUAUUUUAUACUUGUAACCCACUAAGAAGCCAUUUCGGUGUGCAGGUAGUACAUAAAUCAAGUACAGUGGACGCUCGGGUUGCGAAUGUGAUCCGUGCAGGAGGCACGUUCUCAACCCGUAGUGUUUGCAACUCGUGACCUGCGCGUCUGCGCAUGCACGGGUUGCAAAUCGGUGCUUCUGCAUAUGCGCAAAGCGCGAUGUAGCGCUUCUGCGCAAGCAAAAACGCCGAAACCUAGAAGUAACCCGUUCUGGUAUUUCCAGGUUCAGCGCGGUGCGCAACCCAAAAUCGCUCAACCUGAAGCAUCUGUUAUCCGAGGUAUGACUGUAAUUAACAGCAGUUAUCGAUGAUCAUGAUAUGUGAACCAAGGUUAUUCUCUCUCUGCCCACAGACCACAAAGGCCUUCUUGCCGCGGAUGCUGGAACUGCAGAAAGGGCACAUUGUUUGCCUCAAUUCUAUCCUGGCCUUGUCUGCCAUCCCUGGGGCUAUUGACUAUUGCACUUCCAAAGCCUCCUCUUUUGCCUUCAUGGAGAGCUUGACGCUGGGUCUCUUGGACUGUCCUGGAGUAAACGCAACCACUGUCCUGCCAUUCCACACCAGCACAGAGAUGUUUCAAGGGAUGCGGAUCAGGUCAGUGCAGACAGCCACAAAAACAGGUCUGGUUGGUGAUGCGUGAGGUAGAUCCUGCAUUUAUGAAGGAGCAGGGGUGGGAAAUCCUGGGGCAGCCCAGCAACAUUCAAUCUACAGCUGAAGGAUAUCAUGUAAGUGGUUUGGAUAAAGCAAUAUACAGUACAGUGCUACCUUGGUUCUCAAACUUGAUCCAUUCCGGAAGUCCAUUCCAAAACCAAAGCGUUCCAAAACUAAGGCGUGCUUUCCCAUAGAAAGUAAUGCAAAAUGGAUUAAUCUGUUCCAGACUUUUAAAAACAACCCCAAAAACAGCAAUUUAACAUCAAUUUUACCAUCUAACAAGACCAUUGAUCCAUGAAAUGAAAGCAGUAAUAAUCAAUGAACUGUACUAUAAAAUAAAUAAGACAGUAUUGUAGAUGAUAAAAAUUAAAAUUAUUUCUUUUUCUUACCUGCGCUGAUGAUAGUCAUUGUUUGGAUGUUUUAUCCAUUUCUGCUGUCACACAACCAAUCAAUCAGUAGCUGAACAAGGUUCCACACAGUCACAAAAACGAAUUAACCGGAAAAGCCUCAAAAACAAAAAUUCAAAAUAAAUAGUAAAAACAAAAGUGCCAAACUUAUUCUGUUCUGGAAGUCCGUUUGACUUCCAAAAUGUUCAAAAACCAAGGCGCAGCUUCUGAUUGGUGCAGGUGCCCCGGAAACAAUAGCCAACAACCGCAUCGGAUGUUCGGCUUCUGAAAAACAUUUGAAAACUGGAACACUUACUUCUGGGUUUUUAGCAUUUGAGAAUCAAAGCGUUUGAGUACCAAGGCAUUUGAGAACCAAGGUACCACUGUAUACAUUUUUAAAAUAUCAAUACAGUUUUUAAAAACAAGGAGACGGAACAUUUUUUCAGCACCACCCUCUGUCCUCCAAAGCGUUUGCAGCCUGAGGCAGCUGCCUCAUUCUGCCUAACGGUAGAGCUGGCCGCGAGGUGAACAAACAGGGCUGUGUUUUCUUUUCCAGAUUCCCCAACCUCUUCCCUCCACUAAAGCCAGAGACGGUGGCUCGGAGGACAGUAGAAGCUGUUCAGCAGAACCAAGCUUUCCUCCUGCUGCCAUGGACAAUGCACAUCCUGAUCAUCUUGAAAAGGUGCGGCCUGCUGCUCCACACCCAUUUUUAUUUUAUUUGUUCGGUGAUGCAAGGAGGUCAAGUUGGCAUGUGCUGCUCUCCGACUCCUCCCCAUUUUUAUCAACAAGCCUCUGAAAUGGUGGCUUGGUCCAAGGUUCCCAUGUGAGCUUUAUGGCCAAGUGAGGGAUUUGAACCUUGGUCUCCUGAGCCUAUUCUGGCUGUCCCAACAGCUGAACCACACUAGCUCUCCAAAUCUAGUCCUGGCAAGAUGGAGCAUGAAUGUGGGGACAUUGAGGGGCUGCAGGUAUCUACCCUGCCCUCAUCAUCUCCUACCUCCACCCUCAACCUUCAUGUGUUGUGAAGGAAGGUCUGAAGGGGGAAUCUUGGAGAGUUUGAUUGGUGCUGGAAAUCCUCCACACAAAUGGUAAGCCCAGUUCUGCAAGCCAUGCAGCUAUUCCCCCUUUGGACCGUCCCACGCCAUGCAUGAACAUCUGAGACUGCAACUGGCAGGGAUGGAGGGCAGCGCCUCUUGCUGCCUCUCCUUGUGUGCAUCUUUGAUGAUGAGAAGAGGCCUGAUGGAGUAGGGAAGGGAAAACCAAGGCCCAGCGGCUCUCUCGGUUCCACAAAGAGCUUGUGCCAAAAUGUCAGCACAGUGAGUUGCAGAGCAACUUGAACUGUGAGAUGAGCACCCUGAGAUGGUGAGAUUGUCCCAGAAGUGGGAACCCAUCACCAAAAGUUGCACGUAUUUCCAUAAAUGUGAAGGGGUGUGUGUGUGUGUGUGUGUGUGUGUGUGUGUGUGUAGGGCCCCGUACAUUAAUGCAAGGCCCUUUAAUUUGGCCCAGAGGUGUAUGGGCAACAACUGAACAUAAGAACAUAAGGAGAGGUUUACUGGAUCAGGCCAGUGGCUGAUCUAGUCAUAGAAUCAUAGAAGGGACCACAAGAAUCACCUGGUCUGACUCCCCACAGUACAGGAAUAUUUUGCCCAACCUGGGUCUUGAACUCACAACCCUGAGAUUAAGAGUUUCAUGCUCUAUCAACUGAGCUAUCCCUCAGUCCAGCAUCCUCUUCUCACAGUGGCUAACCUGUGGGAAAUCAGGAAGCAGGAUUUGAGCGCAAGAGCCCUUCCCCUUUCCUGCAGUUUCCAGGAACUGGUAUUCAGAAGCAUCACUGCCUCCAACUGUGGAGGAACAGCAGAACCAUCAUGGCUAGAAGCCACCAACAGCUCUCUCCUCCGUGAAUUUCUUUUCGCAUUAUUUGCAAAGCGUAAAAUAAAAACAAAUCACCCAGUCCCUUCAGCAUCCAGUGCACCUGUCCACUCUGCCUGUCCUCUGCUCUGCCUCCGGUGGACUGGCUGACCCACCCUCUCUUGCCUUCCUCUCUUGCAGCAUCCUUCCGCAAGCGGCGCUCGAAGAAAUCCACAAGUUCUCCGGGAGCUACACCUGCAUGAACACUUUCAAAGGGCGCACGUAGGCUCUGCUUCUCGCUCACACACCAAGCAGGCCGAGAGCCCGACGAGGGCAAUCGGCGGGGCCUCCCGAGGCCACACGCUUGCUCUCCCUUGCCACGGUGACAGCGUCGAGAGCCAUAGCGGAAAGGGGUGGAAGAAGAACUCACAGGGGCAAGGAAAGGGGACGAGCAACGGCAGCCAUUUGCAACGUAGAUUUUCAGAGGAGUUUCAAAGCCUAGCGGUUUGCCGAACCUCCCGUGCCGCGUACAUUCCACUUUGGCCUGCUAAUCAGGAAUUGCAAAUUAAUUUAGAGGGGUUUCCUCCCCAAUUUGUGUGUGUGUGUGUGUUGGGGAAGGGGUGUUCUCAUUUUGUAAAGCUUGUAAGAUUUUACUACCCUUGGGUGAGUGCUGAGACUAGUGGUUAUGAAGAAGUAACAGAAAAAUGGAUACCACUUUUUUUUUUUAAAGCCAAGGAAGCAGCAAGGACCUCUGGCUCCCACAUGCCAGGAAAAGAGUACGGAAUGUUCCUUAGCGAGGGGCAGCUGGCAGGAGUCUUUGGCAAUGGACAGAGGGAAACAGAAUCAAAUGCUUCUAUUGGGUUAUCCAUAGAUUGCAGGAAAAGGUGCAUAUUGUGUCUGCAAUGCUUGGGCCAAGGAAACCAUCACAACAGCCUCAUCGGAUCACACCAAAACCCAGAAUUCUGUUUCCAGCAGCAGACAACCUGAACUCCCUGGGUUGGUUUCAUUCCAUUUGUCUGGAGUAGAUCUACUGCCUCUGAACAGGACGUCGUCCUUCUUAGCUAUGGUGGUUUAUCACCAUUGAUAGACUCAAUCUUAAUAUGCACAGGCUACGUGCAAGGGUUCUGCUUUUCUUUCUUUCUUUUGCAAGGAAGGAGCAAAUUAAGGCGAGUCACGCAAGGGUAUCUCAGCAUUUUUCAAGAUAGGUAGUUGGUGCAUCCUCUUUCUAUGGUGGCCGGAAGCCUUGGGGGAAGGAUCCAAUUCGAACAGACUUCCCAAACGAGUCCAGCUCUUUGCUCCUAAAAAUACACCUCCAAACGGAACACAAAACCAGUCACUCAUGCAUAUACACACAUAUAUAAAUAAAGGGUUUGCUAAGCUGCAGUCGUGGU